AUGUCCUGCUGCCCACCCUCCUGCAACCCUUGCUGCCAGCCCUGCGGCCCCUGCCCGCUGGCCAACAGCUGCAAUGAGUGCUGUGUCCGCCAGUGCCAGAGCUCCCACGUGGCCAUCCAGCCCUCCCCGGUGCUGGUGACCCUGCCUGGCCCCAUCCUUCAGUCCUYCCCUCAGAACACCGUGGUGGGAUCUUCUACCUCAGCUGCUGUUGGCAGCAUCCUCAGCUGUGAGGGAGUGCCCAUCAACUCUGGUGGCUUUGACCUCUCCUGCAUCACCAACUGCUGCAGUAGCAGCAGCUGCCGUCCCUGCUAA